AUGUCCACGUCUCCAGCUCCCACUGAUGAUGACAAGAACGAAGAAACCGAUGGCUUUAGUGGCUCGAAAUCAUUUGCAGAAUUAGGUGUCGAUUCUUCAAUCUGUGAAGCCAUUACAGCUGUGGGGUGGUCAACACCGAGUAAAAUCCAGCAAGAAGCGAUUCCUCAUGGUUUGGCAGGCAAAGACAUUAUUGGAUUGGCUGAAACAGGGUCCGGCAAGACCGGUGCUUUUGUGAUUCCAAUCUUGCAACGUUUGCUACAAAAUCCACAGCGUUUGUAUGCAUUGGUCUUGGCUCCGACACGAGAAUUGGCUUAUCAGAUUGGGGAACAGUUUGAAGCCUUGGGUGCAUCCAUUGGUCUAAAAUGCGCCUGUGUUGUUGGUGGCAUUGAUAUGAUGCAGCAGCAGGUGGCUCUUGCUCGUAAACCUCAUGUAGUAAUUGCGACUCCUGGACGUCUUGUGGACCACUUGGAGAACACAAAAGGUUUUAGUCUUCGCACAGUGAAAUUCUUGGUGCUUGACGAAGCGGAUCGGAUGCUGAGUAUGGACUUUGAAGAAGAGAUUAAUCAGAUUGUGCAACUUAUGCCGACCGAACGGAAUACGUACCUGUUUAGUGCUACCAUGACGUCCAAGGUGAGAAAGUUGCAACGAGCGUCGCUUAAAGAUCCAGUCAAGGUGGAGAUCACGCACAAGUUCGCGACGCCCGAGACGCUCAAGCAGCACUACCUCUUUAUCCCGGCAAAGUUUAAGGACUGCUACUUGGCCUAUGUGCUGAAUGAGGUGGCAGGCCAAUCCGUGCUCAUCUUUACUAGUACAUGCAAUGGCACGCAAAAGGUGACACUCAUGUUGCGUAACUUGGGCUUUCAGGCUAUUUGUCUGCAUGGUCAGAUGCCUCAACCGAGUCGUCUUGGAUCUCUGAACAAAUUCAAGGCCAAGGCAAGAAAUGUGCUGGUAUGUACGGACGUGGCAUCCCGUGGACUGGAUAUUCCGAGUGUUGAUGUGGUCAUCAACUACGACAUUCCGACGCACGGCAAGGACUACAUUCAUCGAGUGGGUCGUACGGCCCGUGCUGGACGAGCUGGUGUGGCCAUCUCGUUUGUCACUCAAUAUGACGUUGAACUGUACCAGCGCAUUGAACACCUGCUCGGCACCAAGCUAGAUACUUAUCCUUGCGAAGAGGAGACAGUGUUGGUCAUGUCGGAGCGAGUCAAUGAGGCGCAACGUAUUGCUACCAUUGAGAUGAAGGAGGCGGCUGCAAAUGGUACAGGUCCUAAGCGCGGACGUUAUUCGCGUGAUGAGAACGAGGAUGAGAAGGAGAAAGAGGGUGAAAAGCGAUACAAAUCGGCAAGUCGUGUACAGAGAGGAGGUCACGGCGGCGGCAGAGGCAAGCGGAAUUAG